AUGGCCGUAGCACGACCGAUUAGGGUGCUGGGUUUGGCAGCUAUAAUACUAUGGGUUUUCUUCCUGUACCAAGUGUUUGGUCCGGAGAGGGCCCAGAGAGGUCCUGGCGACACGCUCGAGAACAUGGAUAGGGAACCAAAUCUAGAUCUUACCGGAGAACCUGAAGGGAUACUGCAUCGAGCGGAAGAAGGAUAUGCACCUGGUGCUGAGGGCACGGCGCGAAUUAAUGCGACCCUUCUGGCUUUAGUACGCAACGAGGAGGUUAAGGGGAUGGUGCAAGCAAUGCAAGACCUGGAAAGGACUUGGAAUUCGAAGUUCAACUAUCCCUGGACUUUUUUCAACGAUAAGCCAUUUACAGAGGAGUUCAAGAGGCUCACGAAAGCGGAGACGAAAGCAGAAUGCAGAUACGAGGUGAUUCCAAAAGAGCACUGGGACGUUCCAUCCUGGAUAAAUGACGAAAUAUUCGCCGAGUCGGCCAAGAUCCUACAAGAGAACGAUAUCCAAUAUGGAAACAUGAAGUCGUACCACCAAAUGUGUCGCUGGAAUAGUGGCCUUUUCUACAAACACCCGGCAUUAGCCAACACGCAAUUCUACUGGCGGGUCGAGCCUAAAGUUCAUUUCUUCUGCGACGUCGAUUACGAUGUGUUUCGAUACAUGCAGGAUAACAACAAAACCUAUGGGUUCACCAUCUCCCUCUUCGACGCCCCUAAAUCGAUCCCUACACUAUGGCCGGAGACGGUCAAAUUCCUGGCACAACACCCGGAGUAUAUGAAUGAUAAUAACGCGAUGGAUUGGUUGACGGAUAGCCAGAGAAGACCACAACACAAUCAAGAAGCGAACGGGUACUCGACCUGUCAUUUCUGGUCGAACUUCGAGAUUGCCGAUAUGAAUCUCUGGCGUAGUCAAGCGUACGAAGAUUAUUUCAACCAUCUUGAUCGCGCCGGCGGCUUCUUCUAUGAGAGAUGGGGCGAUGCGCCCGUCCAUAGUAUCGCAGUAGGUCUGUUUGAAGAUUCAAGUAAGGUCCAUUGGUUCCGCGACAUCGGAUAUCAACACAUCCCAUUCUUCAACUGUCCCAACUCGCCGAAAUGCAAAGGCUGCGUGACAGGACGGCUCACAGACGGAGAAUCCUUGCUGCUGAAGGAAGAUUGCCGACCGAACUGGUUCAAUUUCGCUCCGCAGCCUCGUGAUACUGUCGGACGAGUCAUAGCUAAAUUGGGAAGGUCCGCGGCAAGGCACUUGAGCCCAAGUCCAAGCUUACUGUACGGGUACUGGGCGCGCCAAGUUCUCUGGGGUUCAUGGUAUGGCGUCGUCGUUGGUUGGAUUUCGGCUCUAAAGGAUACAUCUAGCAGCAUGGCCAGUGAAACUUUUGACGAGCGAAUUGACCGGGCCGUUAAGGAUAGGGAGAUCCCUGGGGCUAUAUUCGCGGCUGGAGAUGCGGAAGGGAAAUUCUAUUCCGCCAAAGCCUUCGGGCAUCGUUCUCUCAAGAAUCCCUCCAAUCCCGACCCUCUGACGCUUGAUGCCACCAUGUGGCUGGCAUCUUUUACCAAGCUGCCCACGACAGUUGCUGUCAUGCAGUUUGUUGAGCGCGGCCAGUUGAGUUUGGAUGACGAUGUUACAGCAAUCCUACCGGAACUCAAGGGCCUAAAGAUCUUGACCGGUUUUAACGAAGGUACUGACAAGCCGAUCUUGGUCGAGAAUACCAAGACCAUUACUCUGAGACAUCUUCUCACCCAUUCAUCCGGCCUUGCAUACAAUUCGAUGAAUCCACUUCUCGCCAAAUAUCGUCUCCAGGAGGGAUACACGCCCGGUUUCUUCAUCAGGGAUACGGUUCCGGUAGCCCACAGGGACCCCCUCAUAGCCGCACCCGGAGAAAAAUGGGCGUACGGCGCAGGACUUGACUGGGCUGGGUUGAUUGUGGAGCGCCUAUCUGGUAUGACACUCGAGGUGUAUGAGAACAAGAAGAUCUGGGGCCCACUGGGAGUUAAGAGCAUGACCUUCCACAUCAACGAAGCACCAGCUAUUCUGGAGAAAUUUACCGAUAUGAGCUUGCGCAGUGGCGGUCUCGCCGCUUGGGGUAGCGCGUUAAACCCAGAGGGCAAAAUGGUAUAUACUGAUGAUGGUGUUUGGAAUAGGGAUACUCCUGGUUGCCACGGCGGCGCUGGAAGUUAUGGCAAUCCGGUCGAUUACCAGAAGCUGCUGCAUAGUCUUGCUUCAGAUGAUGAGAAGGUUCUCAAGAAAGGAACCGUUGAUAUGAUGUUUCAGGAUCAGCUUACACCAGAGUCCAAGAAAGCCCUCAAUGAGAACCUGGCCAUUCCCAUGUUCAAUCAGAUCUGCGGCGGCGUCCCACCAGGAACGGUCGUCACGUUUGGUCUCGGCGGCUUGAUUUACCUGACAGAUAUGCCGGAUCGCCGCAGAGCUGGGUCGAUGAACUGGGGUGGUUUGCCGAACUUAUGUUGGUUAGUUGAUAGGAAGGCAGGCAUAUCUGCCAUCUUGGGAAGCCAAACCAUUCCCUGUGGCGACAUCAAGACCAAUAUUCUGUUCAAGGCAUGGGAGCAGGACGUGUACAAGAAGGCUGGGAAAGCGGACUUGUAG